CCGUCUAAAAGGCUAUCAUUGUGCCUUCCAAUGAUGUAUUAUGACUCAAAAAGUAUCAAGAGCACUGUCGACAUAAAUAUCGUCAUUAUUUGCGCAUGUUAUAUUUGCGCUCUGUGUAUAGCCAAAUUACAUCAUGCGUGGAAAUUUUAUGUGCGCCUUUUCUCCACCUCUCAUUCCCUAGCCCCCCUUCCAGCUCCAGUGCAGUUAAACGCGUUUCCCUCCGAAGAGAGUUUCUUUCUGCUUCUCAUUCCUCUGCCAGAAGCGCCUCUUAACUUUACAGCACACGCGACACUUUUUAUUACGGGUUUGGACUGAGUGACACGCGUGCCAUCAGAGAACUUAAACGCAUCUGCAAUCAAGGACUAUAAUCGUUUCAGAAGGACACUGCAUUAUACAGGUAAACGAUGCUGUCCUUGCUUUUGCUGAGCAUGUGUUCCUGGGUCUUCUCAGCCACAGGGUCUUUCGAUUACGUUAACACUGAGCCUGAAAUCCCACUGAGAGUCAGCAUACCCAAUGAGGUUCCCCUCCGGCCUCUGAUGGGUGACACGUUAGUUCUGCCCUGUUACUUCCUGGACAACACAGUCAAUGACCCUGGUGCCCCCACCAUUGCUCCUUUGUCUUACCGGAUCAAAUGGAGUCUGGUCACCAAAGAAAAGAUUACAAACAUUUUAGUGGCAUCUGAAGGGAUAGUAAGCAUUGACAGAAGUUAUCUGGAUAGAAUCACCAUGCUGGGAUACCCAAUGACACCCACAGACGCAUCCAUUAAGAUGACUGAGCUCCAUUCCAAUGACUCAGGAGUGUAUCGCUGUGAGGUCAUGCACGGGAUAGAGGAUAACCAUGCUACUGUGGAUGUCCAAGUUCAAGGUAUUGUUUUCCACUAUCGUGCAAUCACCACACGAUACACCCUUACUUUUGAGAAGGCCAAGGCAGCCUGUAUUCAAAACAGUGCAGUGAUUGCCACUCCAGAGCAACUCCAAGCAGCUUAUGAUGAGGGAUUCCAUCAGUGUGAUGCUGGCUGGCUUGCAGAUCAGACCGUCAGGUACCCUAUUCAUGAUCCUCGUGAGGCUUGCUAUGGAGACAAGUACCAAUUUCCAGGAGUGAGGACAUAUGGAGUGAGAGACGUGAAUGAGACGUAUGAUGUGUACUGUUUUGCUGAGAAAAUGACAGGAAAAGUGUUCCACACUACUUCCCCUAACAAAUUCACUUUUGAGGAGGCAGAAGAUGAGUGUGCAAAGCUGGGUGCCAACUUGGCCACCACAGGACAGCUGUACCUGGCGUGGAAGGGUGGUAUGGAUGUUUGCGAUGCAGGCUGGUUGGCAGACCGGAGUGUCCGCUACCCCAUCAACAUUGCCCGACCACAGUGUGGGGGUGGCCUAUUGGGAGUGCGUACCGUCUAUCUGUUUCCCAAUCAGACCGGCUACCCCCUCCCAGACUCCCGCUAUGAUGCUUUUUGCUACUCUGAAAUGGGUGAGGAGGGUUCAGGCUUAUUUCCAUUUGGAAUUGAGACGACUACAGAGGCCGGCAGUGAUGUCCUGUGGGUUAACACAAUCACAGAAAGCCCCCAGGUCUUUUUAAAGCCCACCUCCACAAAAAGUGAACUACAGGGAGAAGUUGUAACAUAUAAGCCCUCAGUAACCACCAGUGUUGAGUUUCCCUAUACUGCACUAAAUAUUUCCCAGCUGCCCCUUUCACCACCUCCCAGCUCUGUUGAGGUAGUUACGGACAUUGUGGAAGGGGUCACUAACAGGACUGAUCUCGGCUCUGAUUUAUCCCAUCUGAAUGGAAGCGAAGCUAUAAUGUCUGCCACAGGGGUGGUCUUCCAUUACCGUGCAAGCUCCAGUCGUUAUGCCUUUGACUUUGUGGAGGCUCAGCUUGCUUGUAAGAGCAUCGGUGCAGUCAUUGCCAGCUCCCAGCAGCUGCAGGCAGCCUAUGAGGCUGGUUAUCAUCAAUGUGAUGCUGGCUGGCUCUUAGAUCAGACUGUCAGGUAUCCCAUUGUGUCUCCACGUGAGAAAUGCGAUGGCAAUUUGGAGCAUGUACCUGGUGUGAGGUCUUAUGGACUGCGUUCUGCCGAUGAACGCUAUGAUGUGUACUGCUAUAUGGAUAAACCAAGGGGGGAAGUUUUCCAUGCAAGUUCAUUCGAGGGAUUCACUUACGAUGAGGCAGUGGCUUACUGCCAGGACCAGAAUGCCUCCCUGGCCUCCACAGGAGACCUGUAUGCUGCUUGGAAGCAGGGCUUUGAUAAGUGCCGUCCUGGCUGGCUUCUUGACCGCAGCGUACGUUACUCCAUCAAUAACCCCCGGCAGCAGUGUGGUGGAGGGAUGGCUGGAGUUCACACAGUUUACAUGUUUCCCAACCAGACGGGCUCUCCUGACCUGCACUCCAAAUAUGAUGCAUAUUGCUUCAAGGUGGAUCUAGCUCUAUCUCUGAAUGAAAGUGAACCGAAUAAGACAGUAGAAGAGGAAAAGAUAGUGAGCAUGACGUCCUUUCCUGCUUUCCACAGACCUGAAAGUACCCUCGUCACUACUUCCAUCCCUGUGGAACCCUCUGGAUCUGGUGCAUCUGGGGCCAGCAGCACCGACGAUCUGAGCAGUGGAAGCGGGGAUCAGCCAAGUGGGUCAUCUGUUUCAAGUGGAGACUCCUCAGGGACCAGUGGCACUGACGAUAUGUUGAGUAGUGGGAGCGGUUACAAGCCAAGUGGGUCAUUUGUUUCGAGUGGAGACUCUUCUGGGGCCAGUGGCACUGACAUUAUGUUGAGCAGUGGGAGCGGGGAUCAGCAGAGUGGAUCAUUUGGUUGCAUUGGAGAGUCUUCUGGGGCAAGUAGCACUGACGAUCUGUUGGGCAGUGGGAGCGGGGAUCAGCCAAGUGGGUCAUUUGUGUCAAGUGGAGACUCUUCUGGAGCCAGUGGGAGCGGAGUUCUGCCAAGCGGGUCUGGAGACUCUUCAGGAUUUGGCAGUGGCUUAGAUAACCUAGUAAUCUUUUCAGAAAGUGACACAGUUUUAUCAGGAGUUGGAUCAGCUUCAGGGAGACCAGAGGAGGCUGGGAAGGGAGGCACCGAGAGCUUCACCUUCCCUAUCGGCCAGAGCUUGGACCUCUUUGGUGUGGACACCUCUGGAUCGGGAUCAGGCAGUGGGUCAGGGUAUAGCUCUGAAGAAAGUGGAUCUACCUCAGACUUUUCCAGCAGCUCAGGAGAAAGCGACGAGAGUGGAGAUCUUUCUGGCAUCUCCUCAGGAUCUGGUUCCAGUGAGGAGUCCUCAGUAUUCAGUGGCUUCCCAUCAGGAAUUUUUCCCUCUGGAGGAUCCAGUGGGAUUUCAUUAAUUGACGGCAGUGGCAUCAUCAUGGUGGAUAACCCAUGGGUGAAGGUGUCCACUGCUCCACCUUUAGAACAAGAGUUGGUUGGAAGCCAUGUGGAUUUCAGCGGAUCAGGACACAUCUCAGGGUCUGGAAUGAGCGGUGAUAUCUCUGGGAUGAAUAGUGAUAUCUCUGGGAUGAGUGGUGAUAUCUCUGGAGUUAGCGGUGUCCACAGCGGCUCUGGGAGUGGUUUAGCAUUUUCUGGUCUUACAUUUUUGGAGUCUGACUUCACUGAUCUCACAGAACAAUCUCCUGCACAAGAAGCUUCUGGGCUUUUGUUAUUUGGGUCUGGUGAGGGAAGUGAAUUUACAUCUGGAGGCUAUUCCAUUGAAUCAGGAGAAAGAUCAGGAGAAUCAGCUAGCGGUGAUAUCACCUUCUUCACCGAUAAUGGCAUAAUGAAAAUACCCAACAAGCCCUUACAAGUAAUGAAGCAAGGAAGGGGAGAGGUGGAGUAUAGUGGCAACGUCAGGCUGUCCUCAGGAAGUGGAGAUGACCAAAGUGUCUAUGCUAGUGGACAAGAACAUGAAUUGAUCUCAGUCACUGACACACCAAUGGAGAACUCCAGUGAUGCUCCCUCAGCUGUACUAUCUGCUCAAGGGCCAUCAGGCCUGUACAGUGAUGCUGCAGGACCUCCAGUGCCUUAUUCAGAACCAGAGGAAAUCAUCAGUCAACUUGAGACUGUUACUUCUGCAGCUUUGUCUUCAACCACAGAGCCUGCCUCUUUACAGAGUCCUUCUGUCACCGACGGACCUGUUGUGAAUGCCUCUCUUAACCCAUGUGAUCCGAACCCUUGUGGAGCCGGGGUGUGUUCAGUGAAGGAUGGUGUGGGCCUCUGUCACUGCCCACCUGGACUACAUGGAGAAGAGUGCCAGUAUGAGGUUGAUGUUUGCCAUUCAAACCCUUGCGCCAAUGGAGCCACCUGUGUGGAGGUGGAGGACACUUUCAAAUGCUUAUGUCUGCCCAGCUACGAAGGAGACCACUGUGAGAUUGAUGUGCACAGCUGUGAGGAGGGCUGGAAUAAGUUUCAGGGCAACUGUUACUUGCAUUUCUCGGAGAGAGAGACCUGGCUGGAUGCUGAGCGACGCUGUCGAGACUUAAACGCUCACCUGGUGAGCGUUAUCACCCCAGAGGAGCAAGCCUUCAUCAACUCAUACGCACAAGACUAUCAGUGGAUUGGACUGAACGAUAAAACAGUGGAAAAUGACUUCCGUUGGUCAGAUGGGAACCCCCUGCAAUUUGAGAACUGGAGGCCUAACCAGCCUGACAAUUAUUUCAACUCUGGUGAAGACUGUGUUGUAAUGAUCUGGCAUGAAAAUGGCCAAUGGAAUGACGUGCCCUGCAACUACCACCUGCCUUUCACAUGCAAAACAGGUCCAGUGACAUGUGAACAACCUCCUAAAGUGGAGAAUGCCAGGAUGUUUGGAAACAAGAAAGAUCGUUAUCAGGUGAAUUCUAUCGUCAGAUACCAGUGCAGUGAAAACUUCACACAGCGCCACCUACCUGUGAUCCGCUGCAUGGCAGAUGGACAGUGGGAGAAGCCACAAGUGCAAUGCAUAUCAAAGGUCAAAUCCGGACUGCAAAAGGAAUCAUCUGUUCAUAAAUCUAGUACAAAAACAUUGGAGAAACAUCUCUAAGGAGACUUGAAGAGUUAUAGUUUGGUUUUUAAAACAGUACAAGUUUUAUAUUUAUUUUCCAAGACACUGAAUUAAGAAGCAUACAUUCCUGAUUAAAAAGUGUUAUUUUCAAAGAUAAGUGCCCAUCUUGUAUAUUGCUGCCCCCUGUACAUCUGAUAUUGGCCAUCAGCUAUGAUGCAGCGAUCCUUCAUCAAAAGAUCAGAGACCAACAGAUCAAAUACCAGAAGCAUUCUUAAAGAUGUCUGUGAAUAUUAGCAAAGGUUUUCCUUUUGGACCAACUGGUGUUUUAUGCUAAAAAGGCACUGAGCAAAAAGCUCAGUUCUUCCUCUAUGAAGGACCCAAAACCAUUUUUGUCUUUAUCUGCUAGUAAGCCGAAUUUUAGGUACAUUCACAAUGUAAAUGAAGUGAUGAAAUGUGAAGUAUUAUUUUCAUCUUUAUGGAGAGGAGUGGUAAACCUAGAAAAGUUUAUAGCCAUAAAAGACGUUUACAAAAAAUCUUAUUUAUUUCUAAUACCUAACCAGACAGAUAAGAAAACAACUUGCACAAGGAUGUCAUUAAUUUGUUAUGUCUGAGUUGGACAUAUAAUGUGAAAUGAGUUUUGAUUUCGCACAUGAUAACAUCCAUUUUGACUGGGUGUGUCCAUCUUUUUCCACACAAAAGCCAUAAAUACAUCAGACAGAGGUGGUCAAAUCCAGUCAGAUUACGAAUGUAAACCCAACCAUGAAAAUGUACUUGAUUGUUAGAUGUUAUCUGUCGCCCAAGACUGUGCAGGGCAUAGUACUACAUGGGGACAAGAAUGAUCCUGGAUCAGCUAACAGCUUUUAUUUUCUAAUAAUAGGUCAGAUAGAACUAUUAAUGACAAGUGCCUUGUGAAUAUUUUACAUUUUGCCUGUUUUAGUGAUGAGACUGCUUACUUAGUACAAGAGGCUGUGCCUCUUUCAUCCCAAAGGCUCUUUUAUGCAGUGUAGCUUUUUAUCUGAUACAGCUGAAAUGACGAAUGCAGCAUGAACUGCAGAAGAUGCACAAACAUUUCUUGAAAAGCAUUUUUUUUUCCUCUCUCAUAAAUUACAAGCAGAACAAUACUCUAUGGCAUAGAAGACCCAUCAUUUCUUUCACUGAGAUGGAUCAGUAAAAUAUACUGUCAUUGUGAUAAUCUGUUGUCUUCUAAAGUAAGAGCUUUUAAAAUUUUCCAGGAAUGUCUUCAACUUUAUGUUUGAAUAACUGUAUUACAGCAAAUGCAACGUCUUGCCAUUAAAACAUUCCAUACAUCA